GGGUCUCUCGUUCUGUCUCUAUCUUUGCACGGGCCGUUGUUGAAAAUUCGGCGCUUGUCUUGAGCAGACAAUUGCUGGACCUACUUCGCUUGCCAUUCCAGACCGCAGUAUCGAUUGAGGUAUUUCCGCCGUUGGCGUGCAGCAUUGCACUGCUACGCUUCACAAAUUUGCGCGGAAGAAUAUUCCGGAGUCUCAGUGUUUGUUGAAGUGAUCAUGGGGAAACUUGGUGAGAAGGACAUCGGUGCAUCGGUUGUCCCAGAGUAUGCUCAGCCAUGGGACAAAGAAACUGAGAGGCGAGUGGUUUGCAAGAUUGAUUUCAUGAUCAUACCCUUGAUGUGGAUAGGGUAUGGCCUCGUUUACUAUGACAAAGCGAUCCUCGGUGGUGCAACUGUCUUCGGCAUGAGCACAGAUCUCAAGUUGAAGGUCGUGACGGAUCCUACCUCGACACCAGUAAAGGUUUCAACAACCCGAUUGAGUCGGGCUACCUCUUUGUUCUAUUUCGGUAUGUUGGCUGGAGUCGGGCCAUUGACCUAUCUCUUUCAGCGGUUCCACCUUGGUCGCACUGUUGGGGUUGCCGUUGUAGCCUGGGGUAUCAUCGCCAUGUCGACGGCCGGGGUCACGACAUACAAGGGACUUUGGGCGCAGAGGUUCUGCUUGGGCGUCGCAGAGAGCAUCAUACCAACUGCUUUCCUGGUUAUCAUUUCCGGUUACUACACCCAGGCUGAACAGACAUGGCGCCAAUGCCUAUGGUAUUCUGCGACCGGCGGCUGGACAGUGCUCGGAGCGAUCAUCAACUACGGCUUCGCACACAUCACCGGAGGCGCUCUCAAGAAAUGGCAGUAUCUGUACCUCUUGGCUGGAGGUGUCACAGUCCUGUAUGGGGUGGUUUUCUUUUUCUUCCCCAACUCUCCUGCGCAGGCGUGGUGGUUCACCGACGAGGAGAAACGUGUCGCGAUCGAAAGGCUGCGCAUGAGUCAGUUGGGCGUUCGAUGCCAGAAGAUCAAGUGGUCUCAGUUCAAAGAAGCACUUAUCGACGUGAAGGUGUACAUCAUCGCAUUUAUGAUGGGCGCAGCCUACACAGUCAACGGAGCAAUCUCUGGCUUCGGACCGCUCAUUGUCUCAACGUUCGGUUGGUCAGCAUACGACUCGUUGCUCUGGCAAAUGCCUCUCGGAGGGGUCUGCUUUCUCGGCAUCCUACUUGUCGGCUAUCUCAGUCUCAAGGUGCCCAACAUACGACUGAUCAUGCUUAUUGCCUGCUGUUUGCCCGUCAUCGCUGGUUGUGCGAUGAUCUGGAAGAGCAGCUGGUAUGAGCAUGCCGCUACUCCAAUCGCCGGGUAUACCAUCAUUGGCUUCUUCGCCCCUGUGACAAGCUUGAUCGUGUCGAUGGGCAUGGCCAACGUGGCCGGUAACACGAAGAGAAGCUUUCAGGCGGCUGCAAUCUUUGUGUUCUAUACAGUGGGCAAUAUUGCGAGUCCAUUCUUCAUUGUGAGCGAGACUGUCGGGCAGCAUUACCCUAGACUGUGGGAGGGGAUCAUCGGUUGCUAUGCGCUUGUGAUUGUGCUGGCGAUUGUCCUCUACUUCAUGCUGAGGAGUGAGAAUCAAAGAAGGAACAGACUGGAAUUCGAAGAGAAGGAGGCGGAGCGGGUCGCGUUUGACGAUUUGACGGACAAGGAGAACAAGUACUUUCGAUAUGUCUACUGAGCAGUGAGGAGACUCGACGCUCAUUCAAGGGGUCACUCUGACUGGCUGAAAUGGAGCACGAGGCUGGCCUGCCCCAGCCAAGGCACUAGUCUUUGUUGGACCUAGUGCAGUAUGUCUGCGGACAUCGUCCCUAGAACUUUUUUUCCGUAUCGUCCAUCGCUGCUGCCAGACUCUCGUGCCAUUAAUCCAUUGAGAAUUUCCUUUCCCAGCAUAUUCCUACACCCCUUUCUGUUGAUAGACUUCCUCGGAGCCAGUGUCC